AGCCGUUAGAGCAUCUUCGAAAUUCACAUCUCAUUCAAUUGGCCUCUGGACGCGUAAACACGGCAUCUACUGCCUCCCGUUGCCGCACCACUGCGAUAGAGAGAACAGCAGACUCACGCGCAACCUCCUUGAUUCGGUGACAAGGGCUGAGCUGAGCAGAGCAGAGUCGUGCGGCCAUGGCGCCGAUUCUGAGACCUCGAAUGAGCCUGUCAAAGGACAGGUUCCCAAGUUACUUUAACAAUCUUAGGAGUCAGCCAUAUACUGAUCCUAAUUCAUCACGGGCGGCCGGCCCCUUGAAUUUGAGAUCGAUUGCAUGGAACCCCCCUGGCACUCUAGUUGCUACUGGUUCGGCAGAUAGGACACUGCGAGUCUGGAAUCCAGAGAAACCCAAUGUCAAAUUUUCAACGGAGCUCAAAGGCCACCAGGCAGGCAUCGAAAAGGUUGCCUUUAAUCCUACUAAAGACGCCGAGUUGUGCAGCUUAAGCAGUGAUGGAGUUGUACGAUUUUGGGAUGUGAGGACCAAGGCUUGCUUCAACGAAGUUACAGGUCUAGGCGAUGCGAUGACGCUCGUCUGGGCCCCAGAUGGACAGACGCUGCUCGUCGGAAACAGGUCGGAUAAUAUCUUUGUUCUAUCACCAACACAGUCGACUCCCCUGGCCUCACAUCAGCAAACAGUGCAGACAAACCAGAUCGCCUUUUGCUGGAGCGGGAAGAAGAUAUUUGUCACCACGUCAGAAGGGCAGAUUCGGAUUCUAUCAUACCCCGAGUUUGAGCCGGUGCUGCGCCUGGGAGACGGUGACGAUGCCGCAGAGUUUACGCUCAAGGGCCAUACCGCUUCAUGCCUGACCGCCGAACUGCAGCCCAUGGGCAGGUAUCUCGCCACCGGAGGAGCAAAUUCUAUUAUAGCGCUAUGGGAUACCACAGACUGGCUCUGUCAGAGGACGAUCACAAGGAUGACGGGCCCGGUAAGGAGCAUAAGUUUCACAUUUGAUGGCAGUUACGUCGUCGGUGGCAGUGACGAAGGCAACGGGCUGGAAGUGACGCACGUCGAGACGGGGGAACAUGUCCACACGUUCAAGACGGCCGGAUCAUGUCCAGUGGUGGCUUGGGCGCCGACCCGCUACUGUUUGGCGUAUAGCGAUCUUGGUGUCCUGCGAAUUGUGGGGGUAGAUCUCGACAGGAAGUAAGCUGCUAACGUUGGGAGAAAGGGGGGCAUGGCCUUGUUGUCGUCUUUCCCGUUUCUCCUUCUGCUCGUCUUACGCUCAUCUUUUUUUCUCCGACACUCGGGAUACGGGAACAGGCGAGGUGAGCUAGAGCCACCUCGGGUCUACAUGGUAUACCACGGAGUUGUCGGCAGAAGGAUGCAAAUCUCCAGCAUGUCUCUUAGCAUGUGGCACUAGGUGUUGAGUUGAGCCGGAUAAAGUAUCCUGAUGGUGUGGAAAAGGUAGUUACGUUUCCGCUCCCCAGUAAGCAUGAGACAUGUAUGUAAUACGCCGGGUAAAGACUAAGACUGGGAAGUGAUUCGACGAAACGACCAGCGGCUGCAUGUUUUGGUAGAGUAGGCUGGAGAUGUCGCAGGAAGGGUAGCCGAUUUGCCACUAGGCUGUGAAACAGCACGUGGAUUGAGACAAGGAGCUUGGAAUGGAGGGAUCAUGAUUGGAUGGAU